ACAGAUUAUAGGUGGGCAGCUUUCAGAAGAACCAUAAAGUCUCCAGGAAUUGUCUCACAGUGGAUGGCUGCCUUGCGGGGUGGUGAACACCCCAUCACUGGGAGUGUGCAAAGCACGGGUGGUAGACGGGCUUUCUUUCUUGGCUGUGAUUGCCCAGGGAGAAACCAUCUCUUCAACAAUGAAGUGAGUUUGGAAUGCUAGCAUAAAUAUCAUUCUUUUGGUUCCCACUAAUUUGUGACAUUGCUCGAGGAUUGGGAAGUUUCUGAGGACUCCAUCAAAACAUCUAGAGAUGGUUAACACAGCUCCAGAUUUCCUGACAGUGAGUCGUGUCUGCCUUGUGUUUCUAUUCCCAGAUGUGGGAAAAGCAGUCUGCUGAUAAUUCGGUCUGGAGAAGCGCGGUGUUCCUGCCCCCUGGGGCGUGUGGUUUCCAGGCCCUCUCUCAGCUCCUUUGUCUGCUGCCGUGGCCUUGGGGGCAUCCUCCCUCGGUGGUCAGCCCAGGGCUUCCCCUGCCCAUGCAGUCCCCUGCUACCACUGCUGAGGGCCUCAGUGGCCCCCUCUUUGGGGCCUACACACUCCCUACCUUCAAGUUCCAGCCUCGCCGUGAGAGCGUGGACUGGAGGCGCAUUAGUGCCCUGGAUGUGGACCGCGUGGCCCGGGAGCUGGACGUGGCCACCCUGCAGGAGAACAUUGCUGGUGUCACCUUCUGCAAUUUGGACCGGGAGGCGUGCAGCCGCUGUGGGCAGCCUGUGGACCCGGCACUGCUCAAGGUGCUGCGCUUGGCCCAGCUCAUCAUCGAGUACCUGCUGCACUGCCAGGACUGCCUGAGUGCCAGCGUGGCCCAGCUGGAGGCGCGGCUGCAGGCCAGCCUGGGCCAGCAGGAGCGUGGCCAGCAGGAGCUGGGCCGCCAGGCUGACGAGCUCAAGGGGGUGCGGGAGGAGAGCCGCCGCCGACGCAAGAUGAUCAGCACCUUGCAGCAGCUGCUCAUGCAGACAGGCGCCCACAGCUACCACACGUGCCACCUGUGUGACAAGACGUUCAUGAAUGCCACCUUCCUCCGGGGCCACAUCCAGCGCAGGCAUGCAGGCAUGGCGGAGCGCAUGGCGGAAGGGAAACAGAAGAAGCAGGAACAGCCAGUGGAGGAGGUCUUGGAAGAGCUGCGGGCCACGCUCAAGUGGACCCAAGGGGAGCUGGAAGCCCAGAGGGAGGCUGAGAGGCAGCGGCAGCUCCAGGAAGCAGAGAUCACUCAUCAGAGGGAAAUAGAAGCUAAGAAAGAAUUUGAUGAAUGGAAAGAAAAAGAGCGGGCCAAGCUAUAUGGGGAAAUAGACAAGCUAAAAAAAUUAUUUUGGGACGAGUUUAAAAGUGUUGCCAACCAUAACUCUACGCUAGAAGAGAAACUGCAGGCGCUGCAGUCCCACAGUGUGAUGGAGUCCCAUCUCGGGUCGCUGCGGGAUGAGGAGUCCGAGGAGCGGCUCAGGCAGGCGCAGGAACUCCGGGCCCUGAAGGAGAAGAUGGAAAUUCAGAAAACAGAGUGGAAGAGGAAAAUGAAGGAACUGCAGGAACAGCACGCAGCUCAGAAGAAAGAGCUGCAGGGGCAGAACGAGAGGCUCCAGGCCUCCCUGUCUCAGGACCAGAGGAAAGCAGCGGCCCAGGCCCAGCGCCAGAUCAACGCCCUCCACGCCCAGCUCCAGGAACAAGCGAGGCUCAUCGCCUCCCAGGAGGAGAUGAUCCAGACCAUGUCUCUCAGGAAGGUGGACGGGAUCUGCGAGGGCCCGAAGGCUGUGGGCACCGAAGAGGACUCUUCCGAGGAAGAGCUGGAGGCCUCCCAAGAUGGACAGCAGAAGGUGCUGGCAGCUCUGAGGCGAAACCCCACCUUGCUGAAGCAGUUCAGACCAGUCCUGGAGGACACCCUGGAGGAGAAACUGGAAAGCAUGGGGAUAAAGAGGGACGCAAAGGGAAUCCCUGUUCAGACUCUCAGACACUUGGAGUCCCUCCUGAGAGUCCAGCGGGAGCAGAAGGCAGGGAGGUUUUCUGAAUUUUUGAGUCUGAGGGAAAAGCUCGUCAAGGAAGCCACCAGCAGAGUGAAGGAGAGACAGAGGAAUGAGGCGGCAGUGUCCCAGCCAGACGGCCAGGCUCCAGUCAAAAGCCAGCAGAGCCCACUGGUCACCAAAGAGGUCCAGCCAAAGGCCAGGAUCCUACAUGUGGCGUUGCCAUCCAAGCUGGCAGAGCCGUCCAUGACAACUCUUCAGAACCGCAGCAGCCAUGGCCCUGGCCCGGCUCAGGCACCCACCCCAACUCCACGCCCCAGAGCACAUGGAUCCUCUGACACCCCUGCUUCCCCAGAGCCUGGGCUGAGUACACCCCCGUUCAGUUCUGAAGAGGACUCGGAGAGGGACUCUGUGCAGCGUGCAUCUCUCCAGCCCCCAAGUGUUCCUUCGAGGAUGGGGCCCCGGCCGGAGGAUGACUGGGACUGGUCCGACACUGAGACCUCGGAGGGGAACACCCAGCCCCCUGGCAAGGGCUCAGGUGGGCUGGCUACCUCAGAGACACUGGUGCAGUCGAUGGUCAAAAAUCUUGAGAAGCAGCUGGAGGCUCCGGCGAAGAAGCCUGCUGGAGGGGUCAAGCUGUUCUUAGUGCCCAACGCCGGGCCGCAGAGGGCUGCUGCACCAGGACGGCAGCCUCAGCCUUCUGAUGAUGAAAGCGACUUGGAGGUCUCUUCUUUGGAAGAUCUCCCCCAGGAUCUGGACCAGAGAGAGAAACCUAAGCCCUUGUCUCGCUCGAAGCUCCUGCAGAAGUCUGGCGCCAGCUCUUGGAGGCCCAGCCCACCCAGGGUCCCUGACUGGUGAUCUUGCUCAGGAGUCUGGCGGCCAGAGGACCAGCCGUGUUGCCUGGCU